AUGUCAGGCCAAAAGUUAUUGUUCAUUGCUCUGCUCAGCCUGAUGAUGACAGUGGCCUGGACUUUGCCCACUCAGUCAUUGAGUGUGACGAACACAUCGUCGGCGAGAAAGCAACUCAUCAAGGAAUUUGUGGCUAAGGUUCAAGAAUUAAUAAAGAUCUUAAUGCAAGAUUUGUUGAAACUUCCGGUCACGAGAUAG